AAGAAAGUAACCCAAUCCUCCCGGCGGGCGGGGUCUGGGACUGAUGUAACAGGAAACGGGGAUGUUUCCUUUGCGCUGCGGAUCGCUUACAACCGGACCACGCUCGCCAGUCCCUCCUCAGACCCAGCCGCCUCCUCCGGAGGGCAGAGCGCAGCAGAGCCGCCUCCCUUCGCCCCAUCUCCCAACUUGGAUUGUACCUGCCUCUCCUGAUCGACUCCUUUGUUGUGCGCUUCGACUCCGCUUCGCAUUUGCCUUUUUGGAGUGUUGUGUGUGUGUGUGUGUGUGUGUGGAAGGGGGCAAAGCUGCUUCCGAAACGAAGAACCCACCGAGAGUUGGACGCACAUCCGAUCGCCUUGCCUACGGUGCCGCUGGGAGGAAGAGCUUUGGCUACACUUCUUUUCUGAACUACGGAGCAACAACUACACUAGCUAAAUUGAGUGAUGGAGACAAAUUGGAUCAUGCAGAUGGUGUUCCUCUUAGCUCAGACCUUGAUUUUUGUCACGGCGGUUCCAGAUGAGAAUGCAACCAAGGAAGGUUAUAUAAAAGGGGAUACGAACGCAACCGAAGAUAUCUAUGGACUAAGCGUAACUGUGAAUAAAAUUAUGACAGCACAGUUUGAAUGUUACCAGAAAAUUAUGCAAACACCUUCUCAAAAGAAUGAAGGUCCUCAUUGCAAUAGGACAUGGGAUGGCUGGUUGUGCUGGGAUGAUACUGCUUUGGGGAAAACAGUCGUCCAGAACUGCCCUGAUUACUAUCAGGACUUUGACCCCUCAGAAAAAGUUUUUAAGACCUGUGAAGAAAAUGGGCAAUGGUUUGUACAUCCCGAAAGCAACAGAACAUGGACAAACUACACGCGCUGUAGUUUAGGAGUAAAUGAUAAAGUGCAGACAGCUCUGAAUUUGUAUUAUCUCACUAUCAUUGGUCAUAGCCUUUCAAUAGUUUCACUUUUGAUUUCCCUUGGCAUAUUCGCCUAUUUUAAGAGCCUGAGUUGCCAGAGGAUCACUUUGCAUAAAAAUCUCUUUUUCUCUUUUGUUUUCAACUCCAUCGUUACAGUCAUUUCUCUCACAGGAGUUGCCAACAACCAACAGCUGGUUAAAGCUAAUCCAAUCACAUGCAAAGUGGCACAGUUCUUCCAUCUUUAUUUAAUGAUCUGCAAUUACUUCUGGAUGCUCUGUGAAGGCAUUUACCUGCACACGCUCAUUGUGGUGGCUGUAUUUGCAGAAAAGCAACACUUACUGUGGUAUUACCUUCUCGGAUGGGGAUUCCCGCUCAUUCCGGCCUGCAUCCAUGCUGUAGCAAGGAUCCUAUAUUACAACGACAACUGCUGGAUCAGUUCAGAGACUAAUCUAUUGUACAUCGUCCAUGGUCCUAUUUGCGCUGCUCUAUUGGUGAAUCUUUUUUUCCUCUUGAACAUUGUGCGUGUAUUGAUCACCAAGCUAAAGGUCACCCACCAAGCAGAAUCCAAUCUCUACAUGAAGGCUGUCAGAGCCACCCUCAUUUUAGUGCCACUUCUGGGCAUCGAAUUUGUACUGUUUCCCUGGCGGCCCGUGGGCCCUAUCGCCGAAGAGAUUUAUGACUAUGUGAUGCAUAUCCUUAUACACUAUCAGGGCUUGUUGGUGGCAACCAUUUUCUGCUUUUUUAACGGCGAGGUCCAGUCUGUUCUGAGGAGACACUGGAAGCAACACAGGAUCCAGCUUGGGCACAGCUUUUCUCACUCAGAUGCCCUUCGCUCGGCUUCCUACACAGCCUCCUCGAUCGUCGAUGGUCAAAGCUUCAGCUACAAUCGUGAGUGCUUCCUACACAACCCGCCUUCCUACACAGCCUCCACGAUGGUCGAUAGUCAAAGCUACAAUAGCGAAUGCAACUGGGAACAUACGAACGGGAAAAGCAUUUACGACACGGAAAACGUUGUUUUUAAAGCCGAAAAGCUGUACGGCUGAUUAGCAAGGACUCUUUAUUCCCACCCUCACGAUAUUUUGAGUGGAUGACUCCAGGAGCCAAUAAGACAGUCCCACCUACCCUCCCACCCACACUUUUUUGGUCAGUCUUUGAACUCGGUUACUCUUGAAGGAUGCAACGGAUUUUAAUUUCUUUCUCACAUGUGGUCAUGCCUUCGCAUAUCUCAGCAUGUGAGUGCUUGCUCUUUGUUUGUACACUGGAGCUGGUCUUGCCCACCAACUGAAGUUUCAUGCUCUAACCUCUGGACGCCCAACCUUCAGAGAAAUACUGGCUGAAGUUUUCAUGGGGAUCAAUCAAGCUCUAGAUCUACAUAUGUGUUUUGUACAUAUAGAUAUGUGUCGGGAUAGAUAGAUGUUGCCUCUUCAGCUUCUACCGUGUAGACAAAGUGGGCAAUUCUUUUGUAUGACGGGAAUCAAGGGAAGUUUCGGUUUAUUUUCAGCGGUUUUGUAUCAUGACUGGGGGUUGUCCAAGAGGUUGUUUUGUAUGCUCAGAAGAACUUGUAAAUGCUGUAUUUAUCAUGUCGUUUCGUCUUAAGUGCAGCCAACAGAGCAAGCUAAUUAAGUAUUGGAAAGGAUGCGAUGAUUGUAAAGUAUUCUCCGUGUUGACUGUGCAACAUUUAACUCUGACAAAGAUAGAUAUAAAUCUGCAGAAUAGACAAUGGCUCUGAUUUGAUUGGCGUUAAUCAGUGACUAACCUGCUCCAUUGGCUUCAAUGGGACAUGCUAGAAUACAGUGUACCCUUACUUGAGACUGAGACCCAUGGAAUAAGAUGUGCACAGCUCCUGGGUAUAUAUGAACAGGAUUGGGCCAUUAGUCACAACUUGCUUUCUGUGACCCAAUGAUUUAGCUUGUAUUGAUCACUAUUUUAAAUGGAGGGUGUCGCAAAGGCAUGGGGAAUCUUUGGGCCUGAAUGCUAUGCUAUGCUUCUUCAUCUUUUCAUUCAGCUCCUCUAUGGAAUCUCUCCGUGGAGCUUCCCUUUCCUUUUUGCAGAAGGAUCUGUUUUUGAAUGUGCACAAAGUGAAGCGAAUGCUUGGACCGUAGUUCCGUGUGCUCCUUGGUGCACAUUGUCGAAUGGCAUACCUGAAGUUUGCACUAGA